AUGAAGUUCACUGCUGCUGCUGCUCUCGCUCUUGCCACUGUGGUUGUGGCUCAGCCCUCCGUCCGCGGCCGCGCUGUCAACCACAUCCCUGCCCCUGCCGGCAUGACUGUCUCUCAGGGAGCCGACUCCUGCGGUAGCGGCAACCAGCUCUCCUGCUGCAACAAGGCCACUUAUGCCGGUGACUCCACUGAAAUCGACAGCGGUCUCCUGUCUGGCCUCUUGAGCAACCUCAUUGGCUCUGGAUCCGGCUCCCAGGGUAUUGGCCUGGCCGACGACUGCUCCCCGCUUGACCUCCAGGGUAUGUAUUUCACUAUAGGAUAA